UAAAUCUAAAACUCAAAAGGGCCAGCCACCCACUUCUCUCACUCGAGGCAUCAAGAAGCCAUUUUCUGUAGUUGCCCUCCAGACGAGAGAAUCCCUAAAAAGCUCUAUUUUCCCCUGCCACUCUCAAUCCUCGCAGCAUGAGGAUGAUAUCGGGAUCAAAAUUCAUAUCCUCUAAAGAUGGGAAGAAUCCCAAGACGAAAAGGGAUGUCCAUGUUAAAGUUGGACAAACAUUUGUGAUUGCACAUGGAUCUUGUCAAUUUGUGACGGAUCUAGUGAACAAUUGUUUCCACAUAGCUAAUAAGAUCAAGGGAUUUAUCAAUCCCAUAGACCUUCUCAAUCAUGCCUAUUUGGAGACCAAGGUUCCAGGAUCAUCUACAGCAUGUAUUAUAACAUUGAAUGAAUGGUGCUUGCAUGCUGUAAACAUGGGAGAUAAUGGCUUCAUUCUCCUGAGAAAUGAGGAAAUUUUAUAUGAAUCUCCUGUACAACAACACACUUAUAAAACUCCUUAUCAGUUAGGGAAAGCUAAUGAUUCUCCGGAGGAAAUCAAACUUACGGAAUUAGAACCUGGAGACAUAAUAAUAGCAGGAAGUGCAGGAUUGUUCAAUAAUCUUUUUACUCAUGAGAUCAAAGAUCUUGUGAUAAAUGAGAUACGAAAAGACCCAGCUCCAUCUCCCGACAUGAUAGCAGCGGAAAUAGCCAAAAACGCCACUGAGAGAUCGAUUGAUAAAUGUCGGUUUACUCCUUAUUCGAAAGCCGCAUGGCUGGCCGGAAAGCGACACAAGGGUGGUAAAAUUGGUCCUCUUUGCAUCUAUCAUAAUAGAUUCCACUUCAGACAUGAAAGAAAAAGAAGACGAAUAUAUGCAUGCCAUUCACUGAUGAACAUGAUAAAAGUUUCUAAUACAAUGGGCAUUGAACCAAAGCCAUUUGACCCUAAAAUGUACGUAGAAGAGGACACAUUUGUGACAGAUGAAUCUGGAUCCAAGAAACGCAUGCGCUUGGAGAACAACAUUGUCCGCUGGAGGAAUGUUAAAAAUCCAGAUGGCACAACAUCCUAUGAGAGCAAUGCGCGUUUUGUGAGAUGGUCGGAUGGCAGUUUACAGCUAUUAAUUGGGAAUGAAGUUCUUGAUAUAUCAGUGCAAGAUGCCCAGCAUGACCAAUCACACCUUUUUCUUAGACAUGGAAAGGGAAUUCUCCAAUCGCAAGGGAGAAUUUUGAGAAAGAUGAGAUUUAUGCCCUCGUCUUUGUCAUCGAAUUCUCACAGGUUGUUAACAGCUCUUGUUGAUUCACGACAUAAAAAGGUUUAUAAGAUUAAGAACUGCAUCACAGACAUUGAUCCUGAGAGGGAAAAGGAGGAAAAAGAAAAGGCUGUGAGUCAAACAAUCAGAGCUAAUCAACUUCUUAACCGAAAGCGGGAGAAGGUGAAUCGAAAGUAUACACAAACAGUGGACAGGGGGCGCCAACUGUCCCCUGGAUUCUUGGAGGAAGCACUGGAUGAGACAUGGACAAAAGCACUUGGAAUGGGUUCUCCAGAAACUUUAAUUGGGCAUUCUUUGUCCACUGUUCAGCAGGAUGACGAGCCGGAUUAUCAUGAUUCUCACCGCCAUCGUCGUCGGUUUGAGGAUGAUCUUGAAAUGGAUACUCAAGCUGAAAAACGUAUUUUUAAUGUGAAGAAGGGACAUAAAGACAUUCCUCACAAAUCAUCCUUGUCGGCUAUUAAAUCAUCUAGGCGUCCAGUGGAUUUCUCUGACAGUGAGAGAGAGGAGUCUGAGUAUGAAAGCGAUGGGGAGGAAGAUGAGAGGUCUUUCUCCCGGAAGAGGGCAGAGGAACCAGAGGAGGAAUAUGCUGAAGAGGAAGAAGAGGAAGAUGAACAUGAUGAAGAAGAGGCUGAAGCGAAUGAAGAAUCAGAGGAGGUUGAGGAACCAAAGCAAAAGGGUAAGGAGUAUGCCAAGCGCAAGGGAAUUGAAUCAGAUGAGGACUCUCCUCCAAGAAAGAGUGCUAGCCACCGGCGAAUGGCAUUUGUUUAUGAUAGUGAUGAGGAGUAAAAACUUGCUUCAGAAGCUUACAGUAUAAAAGUUUCAAAGUUUUAGGCGUGUACGAGUUAAAAUCUAGGGUGAUCAAUUCUCAUUUUAUUGGUUAAUUUCAGCCUUGAGGAAUACUUGGUCACAAACUUUGAGUAGAGAUAGCAGGAAAAAAAAGGAAGUGUGGAUGGGGUCGUUUUGAACUGCCCUUACCAUCCUUCACACCCUAUAGGCAUUCCUUAAAUAAUGGACUCCAAUUAGAAGGGUAUUUGUAUUUUUGAUGAUGAUCCUCCUGACUAUUUUCUGUAAAUGGUAUAGUUAUCAAGCAACCAUUCUUGUUACUAGCAUUGUAGUUAUUAUGUCCUUAUGAAAUUUAUGCCAAGAAAGCAUCUUUUCGAUGUCUUAACUGGCUGUUUUAGCCUGAAGAUAUUGUAUUAGGAUAUUAGUUAAUUCUGUAACAAAUUUCGACAGAUAUACAGAGGUCUGAGGUUUGGUAUUUA